GCUGGGGUGCCACUACCGCCAUCGGCUGCGCAUCCAAUUUAGGAGUCGAUGGCUGCUGUGAUGAUGAUGGUGGUGGUGGUGGUGGUUGUACGACAGAUGUAUUUGUCUGUGCAACUGCUGCUGUUGCUGCAGGUGUUGUGCAUGGCGACGGCGGCGUUGAUGUUGGUGUGGGCAACAGUUGUGGCUGCUGCUGCCGCUGUUGUUGUUGUUGUUUUUCAAUAGGAUUAUAAUCGAGGGAAGAAAUCAUUCGUUUAAAGGAUGAUGGUGACAUGUGUUUGAGAGAAGGUGGCGUUUGCAGCGUCGACUCACAAGAGGAUGCAGCAGACGAUGAU